UGAAGCCACAAGUUCCUCACGCUCUGACUCACGGGAGCGCGCUUCAGAGAGUCAGAGUGUGCACGUCGUUCAGUCUUAAUUGCAAAAGGUGAUUUUAAAAAAGGAGAAAAGAAGACGCAACGCAACCGCCUCCGUGAAAGAUGUGCUGCUGGUUCACGUGCGCGCUCCUCCUCCUGGGGCUCUCCGCGACGCGCAGCGGCGCGCCGGUGGAUUUUGGAGCAGAGUCCGAGUCCGGCUCCGGGACCCUCCAGACAGACGAGGUGGACGUUCUGCAGGAGUUUUCCCUCCAGCUGUCCGACGGCAGCAACGCCUCCAUCGCUGAGGACGGCAGCAGGUGUGCAUUCCUCCAGGUGGGGCAGUACUCCACCUUGGCUCUGCCUCUUCGGCAGCUCCUCGCUGACGGCUUUGCCGAUGAGUUCAGUGUCCUGGUGCAGCUGAGGAGCCCUCAGAGCGCCGAGCACAGCGUCUUCACGGCGCUCGGCGCCGACGGCCACGUGGCGCUGCAGCUGCGGAUCAGCGGCCACGCCGUCACCUUCAGAGGAACACAGCAGCGGCACUACGAGUUCCCCGUGGCCGGCCUGUCGGAUGGGAAGUGGCACCGCGUGGCCGUCAGCGUGUCCGCCGAGCGGCUGGCGCUGUACGUGGACUGCUCUCUGCUGGAGAGCGUGGACUGGGUCCACCGGGGCGCCGGGGUCAGAACCGAUGGCGGCCUGCUCGUCAUCGGAGGCGUCGUCGAGGGCUCCGAGACGCCGUUUGAGGGUCACCUCGGACAGCUGAGCCUCCUGAUGGGCGACCCGGACGCCGCCCGGCGACACUGCAGCCACCACCCGCCACGCUGUAGAGGGACCGCCCCCAAGCCCCCCCGCUCGCCACGCACCCACAACGCCCUGGAGAAUCUCCUGCUGUCCUCAAAUGACCUGGAGGACCUGCUGGGGGAUCCCGAGGACCAGUCACCGCUGAGCUCUGCCAGACGUAAUGCAUUCCUGAGCCCAGGGAGUUCUCGAGGGGACGGAACGGUGCCUUCAGGAUCCAGUCGGAAAGGUUCAGGAGGUCGUGGGGAGGUCUUCGUGGUGGAAGAGGACACCGACUUGUUGGAUCCGAGCUUCCAAAAUGGCGGAGAAGUCAACUCUCAGUGGAAACCUUCCAGAAAUGGACUUAAGGGAAGCCAGAAGGAAAAGCCUGAACCGUCCUCUAAACAGCUGGAGGAGAACAUUACCACGGACAAGAAGGCGGACUCCGGCGGGAAGACGUCGUCGCUGUUCCCUGGAAAACCAUCCGGUGACGUCAUUGACCUGGACAAAGGAAAUGCCACGAAGAAAUCCUCAGUGAGAUUUUCUGUCCCAAAGGUCCCUUCAGAUCCUAAAACAUCCACAGCCUCUGGGACAUCUGCAAAGGCAGUAGUGGAGGAGGGGAGACCCGUCAUCAAGGUUAAACAGCCGGACAAGGAGCAGCCUGCCGUUGUCACCAUUGUAUCCAGAGAUGGAGACCUGGUCCUGGGCUCCAAUGGCCAAAUGUAUCGGCUUCAGAGUGGACCACCAGGCCGAAUGGGUCCCCCAGGGGAGGAAGGCUGUCGUGGUGAGCCUGGCCUGCUCGGGUUCAAAGGUGAUAAGGGUAAGUUGGGCCCUGAAGGGCGUUCAGGGAAAACGGGGAAGCCAGGACCCCCAGGACCGGCAGGUCUACCAUCCCUCUACCUGUGGAAGAACACCGCGGAGGAAUGGGCUGCCUUUCAGCAAACCAAUUUCUACCAGUUGCUGCGCGCCGGGUGGCCUAGUGAAGGAGGCCCUCCAGGACCACCCGGAGAGAACGGCAGUCCCGGCAUACAGGGGCCAGCUGGUGACGCUGGGGAGCGAGGACGACCAGGGACGCCUGGAGAGAUGGGCGAGUGGGGUCUCCGGGGGAUUCCCGGGAAAGGCGGGUCUCCGGGGAGAGACGGGGAGAACGGAGACGACGGUCAUCCCGGGUCAGCCGGCGCUCCUGGAUCACAGGGCCCGUGGGGAUACAGGGGAGAGCGAGGGUCCAAAGGGGAAAAAGGCGAUGAGGGUCUCAUCGGCCUCAAGGGUCCAAGAGGGGAGAUCGGGGAACCCGGUGAGCAGGGCUCUACUGGUUUACUGGGCCCACCCGGUGCCGUCAGACCACCAGGGCCUCGGGGGACUCGAGGUGGCUCCGGGCCAGAGGGGCCCAGUGGUCCUGAUGGGGACAGCGGGCUGGACGGGCCCCCAGGUCCGCCGGGGCCGACGGGCGCUGACGGUUUCACGGGAGGAAUCGGCGCUCAAGGAGUUACCGGCUCACGGGGGGACAUCGGCCCCGCUGGCAGUGUUGGUCCCAAAGGCUCACGGGGGCCCCCAGGUGUAGAGGGACAGGUGGGACCUCCAGGGCUCCGAGGGACCCAGGGACAUCCGGGCCUGAGCGGCGCCGCCGGACCCAAAGGAGAUCCUGGUCCUGUGGGGCCCGUGGGUGUCCGAGGGGAUGCCGGCUUUGAGGGUCCCGCGGGUGCUGCAGGGAGACCGGGCGCGAUGGGGUUCUCCGGGUUAACGGGCAACAGGGGACCGGACGGGGACAAGGGGGAUCCGGGACCCGACGGAGACAAAGGCAUUCCAGGGGCAGCCGGUAUUCGGGGUCCUCAGGGGGAGAGGGGCCCCAACGGCUUCCCAGGUUUCACGGGAUCAAAGGGCCAGUCUGGCCCCAAAGGCAUCGAGGGCACAAAUGGGGAAACUGGUCCCCAGGGUAAACAGGGCAGGCAGGGGUUAAAGGGAAACAGAGGACCGGACGGGCGCAGCGGCAAGCCGGGCCCCAGAGGGAUCAAGGGCCGGACCGGACCGAGGGGCCACUCUGGCCAACCGGGCCCAUCGGGUCCGCUGGGGCCACCUGGACCAGAGGGAGCAGAAGGAAAGCCUGGUACACAGGGUCCCUCGGGUGCAGCCGGCAGCGCGGGCAGUAAAGGACCAUCGGGUUUCCAAGGAAUAGCUGGAGGGAGAGCGGCCGACGGCCCCACGGGUUCCCCGGGUCCACCGGGGAAACCAGGACCUCCGGGACCACCAGGACUCUUGGGAGACAAGGGUUUCACAGGGAAGCCGGGCUUGGAGGGACCUCAGGGCCCAGUAGGCAUGGUACCCAGGGGACCGUCGGCAUGCGUGGACCUCCAGGGUUCACAGGAGAAAGGGGCGAGCCGGGUGUACGAGGUCUACCUGGGCCUGUUGGGAAGCCAGGACCUGCAGGUCAUCCAGGCACUUCUGGAGACAAGGGACCCCGGGGACCUCAGGGUCGGCCGGGAGAUGAGGGCUCCAAAGGGAUUCAGGGCCCUCCAGGCUCUGCAGGUCUCCCAGGUGGUGAUGGAACGGCUGGAAAACCGGGACCCAGGGGAAGCCAAGGGCCCCCAGGACCUCAGGGGCCACAGGGGCCUGCAGGAAUCCCAGGCCCUCAGGGAGCUGAUGGCUUGUUGGGAGCAGCCGGGGAAAGAGGACACAAGGGUUUACCCGGCUCGCUCGGUGACGCCGGCCCCACUGGACAAGACGGACAACAGGGUCUCUCAGGCCAAACAGGAAGUGAAGGCCUCCCCGGACAGAAAGGAGACCAGGGGGACCAAGGGUCUUGUGGGAAACUGGGUCCUCCCGGGCCCCCAGGAGAGAGAGGACUCCAGGGCUCCAAAGGCUCACAGGGGCCACCCGGAGCACAGGGUAAUGAGGGUGAUGUCGGGUAUCCCGGGGAAGUCGGAGAUCCCGGACUCAAAGGGGAGACGGGCCAGUUGGGACCUCCAGGUGUGUCCGGUCGAGAAGGCCCCUGGGGAGACCUGGGAGAAAAUGGCCCACGGGGCCUAAAGGGAGAAAAGGGCCACAUUGGACUCAUGGGUGAACCGGGGCUGGUGGGUGAAGUGGGACCGGCAGGUCUGGCGGGGUUAC